CGAAACCCUAAUGAUCUCCCCUCUCUUUCUAACACACUCUUAACACUGUGUUUAUGACUUUAACCCCUUCCCCCAAAUCUUUUUUUUAAAAUAUUUCUAUAAUUAUUGUUAUCAGUUCCAAUCUCCCGUCAAUUUUACUGCUAUAUCUAGGGUUUUUGCAUCUCAUAUGAAAUCCCUCAUGUAAAUAGCACAUAAUAUCUAGAUAGAUUCAUAAAAUAUAUUAUUGGAUUCGCCACACCCGCGCCAUCCGUCUGAGAGGGGAUCCAGAAAUGUACAGAGAUCGCGGAGGAGGAGGGUCGUCCAAGUCUGAGAUCGUCGGCGGGGCGUUGGAUCGGAAGCGAAUCAACGAUGUGUUAGAUAAGCACUUGGAGAAGUUGUCCCCCUCCACCUCCAAGUCGUCCAAGGAGAAGGCGUCCACCUCCGUCGCCGCCGCCGGUGCUGGCGGCAAAUUGCAGCAUAUCGACCAUCGCGACAAUCGCUCCUCCUCUGCUUUUCCAGCAAAAAACAAGUGCUCUGAAGAAUCUGAAACAGACAGUGAAGAUUCUGAUGUUAGUGGCUCUGAUGGAGACGAUACAUCAUGGAUCUCGUGGUUCUGCAACCUCCGAGGAAAUGAGUUCUUCUGUGAAGUUGAUGAUGAAUAUAUCCAAGAUGAUUUUAACCUUUGUGGAUUAAGCAGUCAAGUUCCUUACUAUGACUAUGCACUUGACCUUAUUCUCGAUGUUGAAUCCUCUCACGGUGAUAUGUUCACUGAAGAGCAGAAUGAACUUGUUGAAUCAGCAGCAGAGAUGUUAUAUGGGCUUAUUCAUGUACGAUAUAUAUUGACUAGCAAGGGAAUGGCUGCUAUGUUAGAGAAGUACAAAAACUUUGACUUUGGGAGAUGCCCACGAGUUUACUGCUGUGGACAGCCUUGCCUCCCCGUUGGUCAGUCAGACAUUCCACGAUCAAGCACCGUCAAAAUAUAUUGCCCCAAAUGUGAAGACAUCUACUACCCUCGAUCCAAAUAUCAAGGCAAUAUUGACGGAGCUUAUUUUGGAACAACAUUUCCUCACCUCUUUUUGAUGACUUAUGGACACCUCAAGCCGCAGAAACCGACACAGAACUAUGUGCCAAGGGUAUUUGGGUUCAAGCUUCACAAGCCUUGACGAUGAAGUAUGUUGUUGCAUUGUGGGGGUAGAGAUGUCAUUUUUCUUUCUUUCUUUCUUUAUCUGGCUUUCUCCGAUGUACACGUUCUUAUCAGCCAGGUAAUACAAAAUCUGUCCUUGUUAUGAAAAAUAUUUGUUUUAUUGAUUUAAAAAAAAAGAGUUAUCGCACUCGGUCUGUCGAGGAAAAAACUUGUGCCUUAAAUCUUAUCAUGAACUGUACUGCCUGUGUAUUCCCUCAUUGCGAAUUACUAUUUUUUAGUGAUUUGCCUGUAUACUGUAUGAGUC